UGGAUCGACUGGACGCGAUUGGAAAGUGUGAUGGGAUCGCAAAUUGUUUUCACAAUGAAAUCGCUUAUUUUCCUAUUCAUAAGUGUGUUAUGGAUCGCCGAAAGUAAAACGCCACCGCCAUACGAGGGAAUGGACAAAUAUGUGUCCCAGUACGAAUUGCCGGACCUCCCGUACGAAUACGAUCAGUUGGAGCCUUUCAUAGAUGAGGAGACAGUCGCUAUCCACUACGAGGAACAUCACUAUGAGUACACUAAUAAUCUGAACUCUGCUAUAGGAAUGUGGCGAGCGCAGUCUCCUACUUUAGGUAUGAGAUCUUUAAUUGAGAUUUUAAUAAAUGUGGAUGAAAUAAAAGAACCAUACCAUGGUGCAAUAAAACAGUUUGCAGGCGG